CCGGCUGGCUCUGGGAUGCUGGAAGUGGCCACAAUUCGCCCCGCAGCCUCCCCCGCUCGCCCUGGGGCUGAGCCCCCACCAAUCCACCGCCGGUCCCGCCGCCACCACCGCCAUCCGCAGAUUUUUGUCCCCCGCCCGCGCCGUAGGAAACGAACGGGCGGAUGCGGAAGUGCCGCGCUCAUUUCCGGUUGGAGCUGUCGGAGCCGAGCUGGAACCAUGCCUCGCAAGAUUGAGGAGAUCAAGGAUUUCCUGCUGACGGCGCGGCGGAAGGACGCCAAGUCUGUCAAGAUCAAGAAGAACAAGGACAAUGUGAAGUUCAAGGUGCGCUGCAGCCGGUACCUCUACACCUUGGUCAUCACUGACAAGGAGAAGGCUGAGAAGCUGAAGCAGUCCCUGCCCCCAGGUCUGGCCGUGAAGGAGCUGAAGUGAGCCGGGAUCAGCCGUUGGAUUCUCCGUUUGUUAAAAUAAAUAAAAACCCGUUUCUGGUGUUA